CUGAUAGUUUCUUUUUAAUUCGGUUCUUUGCCGUGUCGUUUCGGUGAAGAGUAUCAAAAUGAAGUUCAAUAAGCUUGUCACGUCUUCAAGGAGGAAAAACAGGAAGAGGCAUUUCAGUGCCCCUUCUCACAUCAGGAGAGUACUCAUGUCCGCACCGUUAUCAAAGGAAUUGAGACAAAAAUUCAAUGUGAAAUCUAUGCCUAUUCGUAAAGACGACGAAGUACAGGUUGUACGCGGACAUUACAAAGGCCAACAAGUAGGCAAAGUAGUCCAAGUAUACCGUAAAAAGUUUGUUGUAUACAUUGAAAGGAUCCAACGUGAAAAGGCUAAUGGUGCCACAGCAUAUGUAGGCAUCCACCCCUCAAAGUGUGUAAUUGUCAAACUAAAGAUGAACAAGGACAGAAAAGCAAUCUUAGAUCGCAGGGCAAAGGGUCGCUUGGCUGCUCUUGGCAAGGACAAGGGCAAAUACACUGAGGAAACUGCUACCGCAAUGGAAGCCUCGUGAACAUAAUAGAUUAUAAGAUAAUUAAAAAGUAAAAAAACAAAACAAA